GGCCUUAUACAUAUGAGGCAUGCAGUAUGCCACUGAGUCAUUUCCAAGCUUGUGUGCGUUCUUCAAAAAGCCUAUAUGAAGUCCUUACCCCUAAAUAAAGCAGGGACUCUCUCUGACUCUGUUGUUUGCUCACUGGCUGCAGCUAUGUUAUCAGGAAAUCAGCAAGUUUAAAUAAACACCAGAUUUAAUUGAAAAGGGGCCACAAUUAUCUGGGAGAAACUCCUUGAUUAGAGAUAGAGCUUAGGAUCGAACUGGGCUGGUGAAGGUGUGGGGACAGCUCAAGAAUGAAGGGAGAGAGUUGAGAAUGGUGGGCAUCUGGAAAGGAUGACCCAGAGCUUGGUCAUUGUUCAAUCUCUAGAUGAAAAUUCCAUGGUGACACCUAAAGAAAGCAUGCCUGCCCCCUGGAGACUAGACUAUUAAGAAACACGUCUGCCCCCUGGAGACUAGAUGAUGCAUGGGAAAUAUGUGGGACACCUCUUCUGAAAUGUUGCUUCCCUUUUUGAUUCAUGUUCCCUCUAUUGGGAAUCAGGAUCAUCUCCAUCUCAUCAGAUACCCCCCUCCCCCGGACACACUCAAAAGGAGGCAACUUUUUUUCUUUUGCAUUACUGCCUGGCUCGCCUAAGAACCGGGGGUGGAAAGACUUGAUCUCUGAAUGGGAGCCUAAAUCCAGAAUCCAUGCUAUAGUUAUAGACAUGCUCUUUAGUGGCAACAAAUGCAAUGAGAUUCCUUAUGUUUAAGCCUUUUAUGUAAAUUACAUCACCGUUCGCCUUCAUCUAUUUUGCAGAUGGAAAAGAAAAAAAAGGGGAAAGUUUCCUUUGUCCACAUGUGUGCAGUUAAAGGAUAACUCCGACUUCUGCAAAAACUGCAAAUUAAAUCCCAAUUUCAAGCAUUUAUUCAUGGGAACAAGAACUAAGAGUGUUGCUGACUUGAGACUAGAGGAGACUUGAGACAUCCAUAACCAGAAGAGAAUAGGUUUCUGUGUAGAAAGCUCCUAGUAAUUGUUCACUUAACCACUGCAAUAGCUUACAGCUGCAGGAGAAUCAGAACCUGCUUAGUCAGAAGAGUGCUAAGCAAUGAGUUCCAACCAGCAGCGUGUGAAGCUAAAUGAUGGCCACUUCAUUCCAGCACUGGGCUUUGGCACAUACAAACCUGAAGAGGUUCCUGAAGAUAAGCCACUGGAGGCUAUAAAUUUAGCUCUAGAUGCUGGGUUCCGCCACAUCGAUACUGCUUAUGUGUAUCAAACAGAAAAGGAUGUAGGGCAGGCUAUUCGAAGCAAGAUUGCAGCUGGCCUUUUGAAGAGAGAAGACAUAUUCCUCACUACAAAGCUUUGGUGCACUUUCUUUAGACCAGAGCUGGUUCGAUCUAACUUGGAAAAAUCAUUGAAAAACCUUCAACUGGAUUAUGUUGACCUCUAUAUUCUUCAUUACCCAGUGCCAAUGAAGCCAGGGGAGGAUCUAUUUCCAGCAGAUGACGAUGGGAAUACAUUAUUGGACACAGUGGAUAUCUGUGCCACAUGGGAGGCUGUGGAGAAGUGUAAGGAUGCAGGAUUGGUCAAGUCCAUUGGGGUUUCCAACUUUAAUAGCAGGCAGCUGGAGAAAAUCUUGAAGAAGCCUGGGCUUAAGUACAAGCCUGUCUGCAACCAGGUGGAAUGCCAUCUUUACCUGAACCAGAGCAAACUGUUGAACUACUGCAAGUCAAAGGACAUUGUGCUAGUUGCCUACUGUGCUCUUGGAUCUCAACGACCUAAACGAUGGGUGGACCCAAACUCCCCAGUUCUCUUGAAUGAUCCAGUUCUUUGUGACAUGGCAAAAAAGCACAAGAGAAGUCCAGCCCAGAUUGCUCUUCGUUACCAUCUUCAACGUGGAAUCGUGGUCCUUGCCCAGAGUUACAAACAGAAUGAGAUAAAAGAGAACUUACAGGUAUUUGAAUUUGAGCUGCCUUCAGAGGAUAUGAAAAUUCUAGAUGGCCUGAACAAAAAUUUAAGAUAUGCACCUGCUCCAUUUGGUAAGGGUCACCCGGAAUAUCCUUUUUCUGAUGAAUUUUAAUAUGGAUGCCUUUGUCUUGACUUCUAUCCCAAGUCUCAAAGUCCCUCUAUAUGGAUAUUGAUCUGGGUGACAUCCGAGAUGCUGUAGACUGAACAUAUAUCACUUAUGCUCAGUCUGAACUGCUUAACAACUCAACUUCAGCUAGAGCCGUGUCCACCAGUCUACCAUAAACCAUUACAUUUUCAUUAUGCUUUGAAAUAAUGGCAACAAUUCCUAUAAAGAUCUUUCUUUAAUAUUGUCUGCA